CUCGCGUCCUGUAUCUAUGGAGACGUCAGUAUGGCGGCAGUAUGAGUUCUGAACGUUGGAGCCCAGCGAGAGAACUUGCAUUUCUUGGAUCCCGUCUGGAUCACCCACUUUAUGGUUGAAGUUCCAGACUCCUGUGUGGACCUGGUAGGAAUUUCUGACUUGGCUAGAUGCUCAUCGCACACUCAUGCCACACUACGAGGCCCAGGGAGAGCGGAGACUGCACCGUGAAUACCGUGAACGAUGGGUCCUGCCUGAGCGCCAGCACAUUGGCAAGUAGCAGUGUCACUACCCAGCUUUCAAGUCCCCUGACCAGAAAAAUAUGUGUCGCCAAGAAGCAAAAUGAUGUGAAGAAGAGGGUGCUCUGGGGCAUCGAGGUCACUGAGGAGCUUCACUGGAAAGGCUGGGAGCUGGGCAAGGAGAUCACGAGGAACCUGGUUCUGAAAAACCUCUCCUUGAAGAUCCAGAAGAUAAAGUACAGGCCUCCCAAGACCAAGUUCUUCUUCACCAUGGUUCCUCAGCCCAUCUUCCUGAGCCCAGGCAUAACCCUCACACUUCCCAUCAUCUUCCGACCUCUGGAAGAGAAGGAAUACACGGACCAGCUGUGGUUUGAGAAAGAAGAAGGGGUAUUCUACGUGUCCCUGAAGGCCACCUUGCCUUGCCACAUGCUAGACUGCCCAUCUUCCCUGCAACUGCCCAUAUGUGCCAUCGGAGACACAGUGGAGACUUGGUUCUGUCUGAACAAUGUGGGGGACCUGCCCACCUUCUUCACCUGGGAAGUCCCAACCCCAUUCCAGAUACUUCCCACUACGGGGAUGCUGGAGCCAGGCCUGGGUUGUAAGAUCAAAGUGACCUUUGAGCCCCGCAUAGCUGUCAUCCAUGAUGUUGAGGCAUUGUGCUGGUACGGAAAGGGCGCCAGACAGAAGAACAGCAUCCAGAUACAGGCUGCAGCUAAAUGUACGCAGCUGCUGGUGAGCAUAAAGCACAAGCAGCCAAAGGACCAGGACACAGAGGGCUUCCAGAAGGUGUUACACUUCGGCUCUGUCGCCGUGGGCUGCACCAUGGAGCGGCAGAUCAGGCUGUACAAUCCGUCUGUGGUUAACGCCCCCUUCAAGAUUGAAAUGUCUGAGGACAUGCUGACCAAAGACCAUACCUUCUCAUGCUCCAUAAGCCAAGGUAUCGUGCCCGCAGGAGAGAAGAAAUGCCUGUCAGUGUUCUUCCACCCCAAGACCUUGGACAGCAGAGCCAUAGACUACUUCUCCAUUGUGCCUUCUGGUUGUGCCUCCCAAACUCUGCUCCAAGUCGUUGGUUUCUGUAAAGGUCCUGAUGUGUCCCUGCAGCAUUACUGCAUCAACUUCAACUGGGUCCGGCUCGGGGAGCGCUCGGAGCAGACCCUGUGGAUUGAGAACAAGUCGGACUGCAUAGCUCACUUCCAGUUUGACAUUGACUGCCAGGAGAGUGUCUUCAACAUCAGGCCCGCCUUUGGAACCCUGGCAGGCAAGGCCCGUAUGACCCUGCACUGCGCCUACCAGCCCACACAUCCUAUCAUCUGCUUCCGGAGGGUGGCCUGUCUCAUCCACCACCAGGACCCACUGUUUCUGGACCUGAUUGGGACCUGCCACUCAGACAACACCAAGCCAGUCAUCCUGAGGCCUCAGCACCUCACCUGGUACCGAACACACCUGGCUCGGGGCUUGACACUUUACUCUCCUGAUAUCCUGGCUGCCAUGCUGAAAGAGAAAAAGCUGGAACAGGAUGAGAACGGGGCCCUCAUGUUGCCCAUGGAGUCUCUCCCUGUGCAGGAUCUGCAGGAUGUGGAACUGCCAGCCACCAAGUACCCCCAGAUCCCCCCCAUGACGGAGUACUUUUUUGAUGGCACCAAGGACCUGGCCGUCUUCCCCCCGGCUGUCAGUCUAGAGCCUAUUGAUGUGGACUUUGGUGCCUGUCCUGGGCCUGAGGUCCCCAACCCUGUUCCCUUGUGCCUGAGGAACCAUACCAAAGGCAAGAUCACCGUGGUCUGGACUUGCAGAUCUGACUGCCCUUUCUGGGUGACCCCAAAUACUAGUGAUGUGCGCCCACUCAAGUCCGUAGCCCUGCGCCUGCACUUCCAGCCGCCUGCCCCCAACAGCCUCUAUGCUGUGGAGCUAGAAGCCUUCGCUGUUUAUAAGGUCCUUCAGAGCUACAGCAAUAUUGAGGAGGACUGCACAGUGGUCCCAUCCUGGUGUCUGAAGGUUCGGGCUCGAGGACACAGCUACUACCCUGCCUUAGAGCACCACAUCCCCCAAUAUUCCCUGGAUGUACCCAAGACGUUCCCAGCAGUGUCUUCUGGGGAGCCCUCUUACAGAAGCCUGCUUCUGGUCAACAAAGGCCCCAUGCUGUUGACCUUCAGCCUGGCCCCUAACAGCAGCUCGGACAUCACCCUGAGGCCCUCCUCUGGCCUCGUAGCUCCUGAGGCCCACCAGGUCUUCCUUAUCAGCACAUGCCCCAAGGGCACCUCAUGGAAGCAGCACAUUUUCUACCUGCAAUUCAACUUUUAUCCCCAGUAUCUCAAGGAGCUGAGCAUUCAGAGCAGAGAGGAGCCCCUGCAGCUGAAGCUGGACACCUGCAAAAGCAUCUUUUUCAAGCCCACUUGGGUGGGCUGUUCCUCUACCAGCGACCUCACCUUUCACAACCCCUCACGGCUGCCCCUGGAGUUCGAAUGGAGAGUCUCCCAGCAGCACCAAAAGAUGCUGGCUGUCCAGCCCUCCAAGGGCAUCAUCCAUCCCCAUGAGAAUCUUACACUGACGUGGACCUUCAGCCCUUUGGAGGAGAUCAAGUACCUGUUCCGAGUGGGGAUGUGGGUCUGGGAAGCCAGACAGCCGCAAAAGACCAAUCCCCGAGCCACCAAAUACUACAGGAUUCGGCUGGUGGGCAUGGGCGUUACCGGAUGCCUCUCUGCCAAGCCAAAGGAGCUGGACUUCGGGAACAUACUGGUGAACAGCCGGGAGGUCAAGCCUUUGGUGCUCCUGAAUGAUGGCAACUGCACCCUCUAUUACCGCCUGGUCCUGAAGCAGCACAGUCCCAAGGGCCUCAACAACGACCCCUGUGCAGCUCUAGAAUUCAACCGCUUGGAGGGGACCAUGCCGCCUCAUUCCCAGGAUACCAUCUAUCUGACUGCCUGUCCUAAGAGCCGUUCCCAGUAUUUCUGGACCAUUAGCUACUGUCUCCUGUCCCACAAAGACAGCGUGGUUGGCGAAAGGCAGGAACUGUGCCACGUCUCUCUGGAAGCUGUGUUUCCUCUACUCUCCAUCCUGGAUAUCUGCUCCAUGGGCAGUGCCGAGGGCAUCACCCGGAAGCACCUCUGGCACCUCUUCAACCUCGACGUGCUCAACAGUUACUUGACACGUGACCCCACCUUCAGCGAGCUCACCUACAAAGUGCCCACCCGGCACAGCAUGAGCCAUACGCCUCCGAUCUUCACUCCUCUGAAACUGGACUUCAAUUUUGGAGCAGCACCACUUAAUGCCCCGCCGUCAGUGGUCCUGCUGGUGCUGAAGAACAGUGGACUGGUGUCCUUGGACUGGGCCUUCCUCUUUCCAAGCGACCAGCAGCUGGACCUGGAUCUGUGGGUGGAGCAAGCAGAGCUUAACAGCGCUGAGCUCCACCAAAUGCGUGCAGAGGAUAACUGCCUCUUCUUCAUCAACCCCAAGUCAGGGAGCCUGAACCCUGGGCAGGAGCAGAUGGUAGAGUUCAAAUACAGCCACUUGUUCGUUGGCACUGACCGCCUCUCCGUGCUCUUCAAGGUGUCCCAUGGACGGGAGAUCCUGCUACACUUCAUCGGUGUGACAGUGAGGCCGGAGCAGAAAUACGUGCACUUCACCUCUACCACCCACCAGUUCAUUCCUGUCCCCAUUGGGGACACACUGCCCCCGCGCCAGAUUUACGAGCUAUACAAUGGUGGCUCGGUGCCCGUGACAUACGAGGUCCAGGUCAGCAUUCUGUCACAGGUUCAAGAGAAAAAUUUUGACCACCCUAUUUUCUGCUGCCUGAACCCCAAAGGGGAGAUCCAGCCAGGUACUACUGCUCAGACCCUGUGGAUCUUCUCACCCAUCGAGGCCAAGACCUACACUGUGGAUGUACCCAUACACAUCCUUGGAUGGAACUCAGCUGUCAUCCGCUUCCAAGGAGUGGGAUACGACCCCUGUGUCAUGGGUGACACAGCCCCCUUCCACAACAUAUCCUCGUGGGACAACAGUUCCAUAUACUCUAGGCUGAUGGUGCCUGGGCAGAAUGUCUUCCUGUCCCAGUCCCACAUCUCCCUGGGAAACAUCCCUGUGCAGAGCAAGUGUAGCCGCCUGCUCUUCCUCAACAACAUCUCUAAAAACGAAACAAUUGUCUUCACCUGGAAGCCAAGGCCCUUAGAUUUCGGAGAGGUAUCUGUGAGCCCCAUGGAAGGAGAAGUGACUCCCGAAGAGGCAGCCCCAAUCCUGGUGACCCUAAAGGCCUCAGUUCAUGCCAGCUUCUACAGUGUGGACCUGAUAUGCAAGGUCUACCGGCAGGAACUCAUGCAUCAGUACCACAAGGAGUUACAGGAGUGGCAUGAGGAGAAGGCACGGCAAGAGGUGGAGUUCACCAUCACAGACAAGAAAGUCAAGAGGAGAGCGUAUUGCACAGCCUGUGAACCUGUGAGGAAGUAUAAGACCCUGCCUCCCAUCACAAACCAACCAUCUCUCAGCCGGCCUGCCAGCUGGAACCUGAAGUUGGCAAAGGAGGAGACAUCGUGGCCAUGUCCUCAACCACCUGUACCAGGCCUGCUCUGUCUAGGCCUCACGGCGAGGGCCCAUGCCAUUGACUACUACCUGGUCAACUUCUUCUCUGAGUUUCCCUGCCACUUCCUGUACCGGGAGCUGCCAAAGAGGAAAUCCUCCAGGGAAGAGGCGAAAGCUUUUGAGGAAGAACUCCCCGAAAAGGAGGGUCCUAUCUCGAGGCAGAAGCAGCAGCUUCUGGUCGACUGUCUCACCACCAUCAUCAGGGGCCUGCUGGAAGACAAGAAUUUCCACGAGGCUGUGGACCAAAGCCUGGUGGAGCAGGUCCCUUACUUCUGCCAGUUCUGGAACGAGCAGUCGGCCAGGUUCCUGGCCCAGAAGAGCAGCUUGUACUUAACGCCCGUCCUGUCCCUUCCCUCCAGCUGCUUUGAGGAAGGAAAAGACAAAGAGCAGGGGGAGGACAAAUAUGGCUUUGGAAAGAAUGCAGGGGAAGGUGAUGAGGAUGAUGAAGAGGAAGAGGAAGAAGAGGAGGAGGCAGAAGAAGAGGAAGAGGAGGAGAGAGAAGAGGAGGAGCUGAGCAAGGAGGAGAUAGAAGAGGAGAUAGACAAGGAAGCGAAGUUGACCUGGUCAGAGAUUAAGGCCACCGCACAGCCACAGCCCUCUGAGUCCCAGCAGUCCCUGCAGUGGCAUUGGCAGCAGGAUCUGAAAAUCGUGAUCAAGGAGGAGCAAGAGAAAGAUGAGAAGGAGGCCAUUGGACGGCUACCCGCCUUUGCCAACCUGCAGGAGUCGAUACUAGAGAACAUGAUCCAGAACAUACUGGUGGAGGCAAGCCGUGGAGAAGUGGUGCUCACCUCCAGGCCCCGCAUCAUUGCCCUGCCACCAGUCAGCGUGCACAGGACAGACACCCUGCUGCCCAUGCAACCAGAAGUAAUCUGCACUGAGAUACAGCCCCCUACUGACUGUUUGCUGGUGCCAUCAUCCAGCCCCUCAUACAUGCAUGUCUAAUCCCCCCCCUUUAUCGUCCUGCUAGUAAAACAUUUAGCAACCCCUCUC